GUAACGACGUAAGGAAAAGAACUAUUGCUUCCAAUAAUUAAUUUUAAUAAAAUUGAUUCUUGAAUGUUAUCAGUGUCUGAUAUUUCAUGGCGGGAGAAAUUCAUAAGUUUAAUCUGUGAAAGACUGACACUGCACCAUAUUUCACGAAGACGAGGACUUUGCCUGGCCUAAGUGUUCUAGAAAUGUGAAACAUGAAUAUCAUGAAAUCAUUUCGAGAAACAUUAUCAAAUGCAAAAAACAUAUUGAUAUUAACUGGUAGCGGAAUUUCUGCGGAAUCUGGUAUUCCCACUUUUCGCGGUGCCGGUGGUUAUUGGCGAAAGUAUCAAGCUCAAACGCUUGCAACUCCAGAAGCAUUUGCAGCGAAUCCUUCUUUAGUUUGGGAAUUUUACGAAUAUCGUAGAAGAGUAGCGAACGAAGCUAAACCCAAUAAAGCUCAUAAUGCAAUAGCAGCCUUUCAAAAUCGUGCCUUAAAAGAAGGUAAGAUUGUUACUAUUGUAACACAAAACAUUGAUGAACUUCAUCAACGAGCAGGUGCAAACAACGUAGUGGAACUUCAUGGAUCGCUUUAUAAAACCCGCUGCACAGUUUGCCAAGAUGUUGCAAUAAAUAAAAAUAUUCCAAUAUGUUCUGCAUUGGAAGGAAAAGGAUCUCCAGAUCCAAACAUUAUGGUUUCUGAUAUUUUGAAAGACGAUUUACCUAGAUGUUGUAAAGAAAACUGUAAUGGUUUGCUAAGACCUCAUAUUGUAUGGUUUGGUGAAAAUUUGUACGAAGAUGUACUUAAACAAGCCAAUGAUGCUGUAGAAAAUUGUGACGCGUGCUUGAUUAUUGGUACAUCGUCGAUUGUAUAUCCUGCAGCAAUGUUUGCACCACAAGUAGCAAAACGCAAUAUUCCCGUUGCCGAAUUUAACUUAGAAACAACUCCCGCUACAAAACACUUUGAUUAUCACUUUGAGGGGCCCUGCACUACUACAGUAACAGAAGCUUUGCAACCUUGAGUUUAUUAAAAAAUGUAAGUUUAGAAUUUGAUAUAAUUAUUUA